CCGGGGCAGGUGUCACUCCGCUGAGCAGGGAGAGCCCGAGCGCGCGCGACAUCUGAACCUAUAGCUCACACCGAGACCUUGAAACGCGACGACGAUGGCCACGUCUGGAUUCGAGAAGAUCUCCACCAGCGACUAUGGGGAGUUCAGCCGCUGGAGUCGUCCCCUGUACCCACGCUCCGAUCCGCGGACCCGAGACUGGUUCCUGCUGGGAAACCCUUUCUUCAUCACCCUGGUUGUGGGAGGAUACCUGUACAUCGUGUACCGUGGCGGACCACGUUUCAUGGCCGGCCGUAAGCCGUACGACCUGCGCGGAGUUAUCAAAGUCUACAACAUAGCCAUGAUCGUGCUCAACCUCAUCUUCGGCUACCACUUCUUGAGGAACUCCUACCUCGGCGGUGACUACAACUUAUUCUGCCAAGGCAUGACGUACGCGACGGAUCAGAAAUCGUUGAACAUUCUCUGGUGGGGAUACUUCUACUUCUUUGUGCGCGUGUUCGACUUCAUGGACACCUUCUUCUUUGUACUGCGCAAGAAGUACAACCAGAUAACGCUCCAGCAUACGCUACAUCACACGCUCAUCGUGGCCAACGGCUGGCUCUGGUACACGCUCGGUGGUGACGGUCAGUCCUUAUUCGGCGGUAUUAUCAACAGCUCCAUUCACACUAUCAUGUACUUUUACUACUUUCUGGCUGCCUGUGGUCCUGAGUACCGGAAGUAUCUGUGGUGGAAGAAGUACCUGACGCGCGCGCAGAUUGCACAGCAUCUCAUCAUCAUCGUGCACGGACUCAUUCCUCUGUUCUACGACUGCGGCUACCCGCGAUUCUUCAUAUAUUUGGCUCUACCACAAGGUUUGCUUGGACUUGCACUAUUUCUCAAGUUCUAUGUGGCUGCGUACAGAAAGAAGGCUGCCAUGGAGGCCGCCGCGGCGAAGGAAGAAGCCUUACGGAAAGGAGAAUGAGCUGCAAUGCCUAUCACGCGCUUUUAUAGGUGAAGCAGGACCGACGAAUUCAACAAAGCGUCGAAUGCUUUCCCAGUGUCUCCACCUUGAAAGUGCAUAGUGGCUUCAUGCGAUUGAUAAAUUAAAAAAAGCGGUGCUCAUGGAUUUCAGAAAGUCGAUGCAAAUCUCAGGAGAAAACUCUGGAAUAGGAGCUACCGUUUAGGACUUCGAGUUUUCGACCGCGGCUUCUAUAUAAUAUUAAAAUCACCAGGGCACUAAAGGGCCCCUAUGUCAUCUACAUCAACGCUUUUGAGCAGAACGCAAAACUUUGUAUGGCCUACUCAUCUCUGCGUGUGUCCGUGGGUGAACGUUUUUUCGGUGCACAAUGAAAUUUGAAUGUCUCCUGACGAUUUUCGAUUAGGCCUGCAGUAGCCCGAUACAACCAAAUUGGGCGUUUUGAGCACUGCACGCACUUGAAAAAAAGGGCUCGGAGAAAAAUAUGCGCGUUGUCAAAACCAAAUGCCAGGAACACUGGAGCAAUGUUUUGUGACUCCCAGGUUACCACGAGAAAGGAACAGGAUUCGUCUCUCGUAUUUACACUUGGGCGUGCGAAUGUACCCCUAGCGAAUACUUUAUGAAGUGCCAGUGCACAACGUCGCGACGUACGUUGUCGCGGUGCUACCGGUCAAAGGUCUACAUGAAAUACCUUGAGAGAGAUCAUUUUAGAGAUAGUUGACGUUUGCUGUGUGUCGUCGACAGGAAAUUGAAACUAUCAUGAACCGGCACGCACCAGAGAAUCUCGAACUGUGACCUAUCGUUGCUCGGCUUAGUGCAAGUGGCACUAGUAUUUCUGGGGUCAUAAUGGUGACUGAUAUCAUGGUGCACCAUGGGGGUGCAGGUGGUGAAGUGGUUAGCAUUCGUGUCCACUGAUUGAAGCUCAAAUAGACCGGUGCCGCAUACUUCAACUUUGAACCUUCACGAUUCUGUGCCUUCGAGACCUGCAAGUGAAUACUGUGGUGCCCGGAGGCAUCUCUCGUGGACGGAUUUCGCCAACCGAGAUACAAAUAUUUGGAAGACAAAGCAUGGCUUCCCCUCCAAGCACUGAUGGCGGGGCCCUUCGAGUGAGUGCUCACCGUGGGGAAGCCAUGGCCAUAGCCAACAACGUUGGAACGCAUCCUCACUGCUUGCGUCAGAAGCAGUCAUCGAGCAUGUCCCAUACGUCCAGCUUAUGAAACGGUCUUCUUCAGCCUCCAAAGCAAAGCGGCUAAGAAACUAGGAACACAAGAGAACGAAAUGCUCAACAACGCAAAGCGCUCCUGGUCCUUAAAGCAGCAGCGUCUUCGCAGCGGCGGGGACCAGUGGGGUCACGAAGGCUCUGUGGUCGACCCGCCUUUCCUCCUAAUUGCAAAAGCACAUUGCAAAAACAAAAGCGGACGAACCAAGCGUGGCGAAGCUGCGUUUCUUUCACGGAAUCGUGGAAACGUGCUGGUUUGUGCUGUGUGUCGCGCACGCUACAUUCUUUUCCUGUACGCUGCUUCUAACGAUCACUGGGUUGGGCGGUGUGAGCGCGCCAAACUGGCCUGCGGAUGUUGCGACGUUUCAGAUCAGCGCGUAGCAUCAAGGCCACGAUGCGCAGCCACUGCCCCGCUUCCCUUUUCCUCUAUGUGAGCUUUUUGGCGAGGAAACCACCUCUACUUGGUGCAGAGGCGUGUUAGCUUGGCUGAGAGAAUGCAGCGCUUAUGCUCAGAUUUUGCUCCAUUUCCCUAACACCUGCCGCAGUAUAACAUCAAAAACUUGUCUUCAGUCUUUAGGGCAUUUAACGAAAAUGCUGGCCUUGAAUUAUGGUAGAGGCUAUAGCCGGGGCUAAGAUAUGUUCAUUUCAUUGUGAUUUACUUCUCUGUCACUGCUUUCCCGAAGUACAGGAACGCCCGAUAUUAUUCGCGAGCUGGUUACGGUGGUAAAAAUUCUUUUGCUUGUGCAGUUGCGUGUCGUAAGACGAGGAUAAUGUCACACAAAGAGAAGAAUGCGUGCCUGAAAAUGCAGUUGAACCUUCUGCAAAAUGAAAGCAGCCAAAUAAUAAACAGCUAAAGAUAUAAAUCUUUUUCUAGCACAAACUUUAUAGUGAGCUAUAAAGGCAUCUCAGUAAGAAGCAGUACGCAAUACGAACUCACAAAGGGUCAAUGUUUAUUUUCAUGCCGUCAUCAUUCAAUAUUGACGGCUAACAGCUCCAUAUACAUUUGUAUAAGCUUGUAAUUAAGCCUACGUUCUUAUUAUAGAUGUCUACCUUGCUCCUGGAAAUUGUGAGAGCUACAGAUUUUUGGAGCAAGAUGACACUCUUCACAACGUCAGUUGCAGCACCAAUCGCUGUGCAUGACGUAGCAGACAAUUUACAGAACACCCGCGACGUUCUAUUUCGCGUAUGAAACUAGCAUUUUGAAGUAAUAGUCCUCUUUAAAGGACGAGGGCAAAUGUUAUAGUGAAGUGUAACAAAACAUUUCACAAACGUUUCAUGUGUAGUCCCAGACAAGCUGUACUUUGGCUGAAAAAAAAAAACAGAGCAUCUGAGUGCGCAUGUGAAUUUGUGAGCAAGGUCACGAUGGGAGUGAGCAUUGAUUGCAUAUUGAAUUCUAUAUUCGAGAACUUUUAUAGAAAAAAUGUGUUAUGGUUGCGACUGUUGCGCCUUGAUGUAGGCGAAACUACGGUAUUCAGCUGUGUGAAUUUUUUUUUAUUGGUAACGGGUGAAUCGCUGGUGAAGCAAGUUCAAAACUGAGGACUUCUAUUGGAUGAUGGGUUUGAAACAGAGAAUGUUUGGUAAAGUAUUCAAACAUCAGCUUCGCAUAAACAGUGAACAUUUAUUUCCAUAGUAAGGAUUCAAAGCAGUCAUUCACUCUCAUGACUAUGAUGCUGUUCACUUAAAUGAGUUAUAUACGCACCAAAAUUCGCAUUUUGCUGGCACGACUAUAUCAUAAAUACUUUCAAUCUAGACGCUGUAAUUAUGCAAACAUUUCAAAAGAAUGUGCAGAUGAUUCCACAGUUUUAAAGAAGAUUACAGGUUGUAUGCUUCACGCUAUUCGAAUACGCGAACUCUUAGAUUCAGAGAAUACGAAUCGGCAUUAACAAUUCUCCCGCAAAACUCAGAACGAUAUCGUGGUUUCGUUUGCUCAGUGGUUAAAAAAUUUAGCACCACUGCGUUUUAAACAAGGAGCCCUCCAAGUGCACAUGAAACGUAUUACCCUUGCAGGAACCAGACAUGCAAAAGGGGAAAACAAAAUGUUCACCUCGUUUUCACCAGAAAAGUAUCUAUAUAAGGAUGUAUAUACAGAUACUUCAACAUUUUGUAGAGUACUUUAUUUUCUGCCUAACAUAUCGGGGCAGACUGUUAUGUUUGUACAAUUGUUUUAGGGUACAGAAAACGCGUUUUUAUGUUUUAUUAACACUGCACAAGUGGCAAGAAAAACGGUGCUCAUUACACUAGAGGGUGUUGGCUAGUCAUGUGUGUACAACUGUGGAAUACUGUGAAUUCAAUUAUUUUUCUUUGCCAAGUCUGUCUCAGCCAUAGCUGAACUGUUUACUGUGGUUCGAAGAAAAAAAAACCAAAUUGAAUUCAAUAAAGCACUGUCCUUGACGCUAC